CCUGAUGCUGACGUCACCAGAAGAAAACUGCCGUGUGCUUGAUGGCCAGGAAGGGAGAAAGAAAGCUGAGUGUCGGAGUUCGUCUUCUGUCGCGCCAUGCUUCUGCACAGGCUCUACCGGGCCGUCAUCAUGGGGCCUCCCGGCUCCGGUAAAGGCACAAUUUCCGGCCGGAUCAGCAAAAGUUUGGGCCUCCAGCACAUCUCCAGUGGGGACAUUCUGAGAGCCAACAUCGACGCUCAAACUGAGCUGGGGCUGCUGAUGAAGGCGAGUAUCGAUGAAGGCCAGCUGGUUCCAGAUCAGAUCAUAUCUCGCCUCAUCCUCGGAGAGCUGACACUCCUGCAACACAGCAGCUGGCUGCUGGACGGUUUCCCUCGCACGUUGUCUCAGGCAGAGUCUCUGGAAGAGAGUUACAGCGUGGACACGGUCAUCAACCUGCAGGUUCCUUUUCACAUCAUCAGACAACGACUGACUUCUCGCUGGACUCACCUGCCCAGCGGCAGAGUUUACAACGUGGACUUCAACCCGCCUAAAGUGCCUGGUCGUGAUGAUGUCACAGGUGAACCUCUGAUCCAGAGGGAUGAUGACACACCUGAGACAGUCAUGAGGAGACUGAAGGCCUACCAAACCCAGACCGAGCCUGUCCUAGAAUACUACAGGAGUAAAGGAGUGUUGGAGACCUUCAGAGGGACAGAGACCAACAAGAUUUGGCCGCACGUUGAAGCCUUCCUACACAAAAAGUUCUCUGUGGUCAACAAGGGAGUGGCCUAGACUCUCUUAUUAUUAUUAAUAAUAUUAUUACAUAAUUAUGGACCAUGUCAAUCAUGUCUCAUCCGUCUGAGACUUUUUGUAAACACUCCUAGAAGACCACUAAGGUUUCUUCAGCACCUUUACGUCGUAACGUGAUUAUUAAUCAUUAUUAGUGGUGAAAGGGAACGUGAUUAUUAAUAAGUAUUAGUGUUGAGAGGGAACAUGAUUAUUAAUCAUUAUUACUGGUGAAAGGGAAUGUGAUUUAUUAUAAUUAUUACUAUUGAGAGGAAACAUGAUUAUUAAUAAUUAUUAGUGGUGAGGGGAACGUGAUUAUUAAUCAUUAUUACUAGUGAUGAGAGGGAAUGUGAUUAUUAAUAAUAAUUAUAAGUGGUGAGAGGAAAGGACGUGUAAGGUUCUAGAAGUAAGUGUGUGCCUUUUGGAGGAGGACUUUUUAAACAAGGAACCUUCUUUCUUUCUGCCUUUUGUUGCCCUGGAGGGGGCAGACGAGCAC